AUGGGUGAAGAUGCACUCGCGCCCAUGAAUGCGGACACUUUGGAGUCCUUGCGCAGCAAGCAUCCGCCGGAACCACAAGACAGCGAUUAUCCACCUCCACCUGAACAGUCGCAUAAGCCGUCCCUAGCUACACCCGCCGAAGUUUUGAAAGCCGUGCUAAGUUUCCCUUCAGGUUCUGCUGGUGGUUGUUCAGACCUACGGCCACAACAUCUAAAGGAUUUAUUGUGUGGGCCUGGAGCUGAGGAAGGUGAAUUGUGUUCCGCUCUGACUGACUUCGUGAAUCAUGUACUGCAUAAUGAAGUCCCUGAGGAUAUCAGGCCCUUCUUCUUCGGCGCCAACCUAAUCCCAUUGGCCAAAAAGGACGGCGGUAUACGUCCCAUUGCCGUUGGAGAAACCCUCAGACGUUUAGUUUCGAAAGUUGUUAGCCAGAGGUGCUCUGACAAAAUGAAAGAACUGUGUAAUAAGGUUCAGUUUGGUUUUGGAAUCAAGGGCGGAGCCGAGGCUAUCAUCCACGGGGUGCGCGCCUAUUUGGAAACUCCUCACUCGGGGGCACGGGUAAUUGUCAAACUCGAUUUCAAAAACGCAUUCAACCUGUUAAGACGUGACGAGCUGUUACGGGCUGUCCGUGAACAUUUUCCUGCUUACUACGGCUACUUUUGGCAGUCAUACCGAUUCAGUAGUCAUUUGGUCUGCGGAGAAGAGUUGUUGUCAUCCGCCCGGGGAGUGCAACAGGGUGAUCCGUCAGGCCCCUUUGGAUACAGCCUAGCCACGUUACCGUUGUUCACUGAUCUGGAUUGUGAGUUGUUCUUGGCAUUCCUUGAUGAUGUUACAUUAGCGGGAACCGUGGAAAAAGUAAUGGCGGCCAUUAAGCGAAUAGAAGAACGAGCAGCAAAGUUAGGCCUGGAAUUGAACUUCAGCAAGUGCGAAUUUUUCCCAGUUGUGACGAGUGAUGAAGAUGAAUCAUUAAUCCGGACAUCCCUGUUGAGCAGCUGGCCAGACAUGAUACAGCUGAACGCGGACAAUUUCACCUUAUUAGGAGCGCCUAUGACCUCGUCGGCAUGUGCGGGAUUUUUGGCUAGUAGAACGGAACUACUUAAGAAAUUCGUACAUCGUUUGGAGAAAUUGCCAGCCCAUUACAGCCUUUUUCUCCUCAAGAACUGCCUGAGCAUUCCAAAAGUGCUAUACGGUUUGCGUACUUCACGUUGUUAUGAACAUCCUCAGUUUCUCAAAGAAUACGACGACACGCUGCGGUUGGGGGUUGAGCGGUUGGUCAAUGUAAAGAUAUCUGAACUGCAGUGGACUCAGAUGUCUCUUCCAGUACGGCGGGGAGGUUUGGGAACGCGCCGCACAGAGACAUUAGCUGUCUGUGCCUAUUUGGCAUCGGUGUACUCUGUGCAGCCCAUCGUUUCUGAAUUUUACCAGUCAACUGAAGAGUGUCUAACGAGAGCAGCUAUGGAGUCCUGGUUACAGCAUACGCAAUGCGAGAUCCCGGCUGAUUUCAUUCGGAAGUUUCAGUACGCAUGGGAUGCACCAAUGAUUGAGCGCGACAUUGCCAUGCUGAUGUUGU